CUGUUGUGGAUUUUCUCAGAUUGUGCAAGAACCACGCUGGAAAGCGUCCCCCAUGUGGCCGUCAGGAGUCGGGAGCAGGCAACCCAAUCCCCGGGACUCCGCGCUCCGCAGGGCGGCCAUCAGCGGCAACGUCCUUGCGCUCCCACCUUUCCACGUCCCCACCGGCAGGGCUGUCCGGGUCUUCAUCUGCGCCAAUCCCGACGACACGGAAGCGGAGCGGAACGCGCUGAAGGAACAUGUCUACCCCAAGCUGCGCGACUUCUGCCGGGAGAACUACGGCGUCGAGUUCCAGGUGGUGGAUCUGUAUUGGGGAGUGGACCCUGAGGAGUGGGACAGCCCUGACCUGCAGCGGCUACGGAUGAAGCUUCUAGAAGACUGCCUGAAGACCUCGGCGGGUCCAUGCUUUGUUGGUCUGGUGGGGGAGAAGUACGGCAGCAUCCGCGUGCCGGGCGAGGUGGAGUCGGCCGAGUUCGAGCUGAUCCUGGACGCGGCGGUGGAGGCGGGCCUGGACACGCGCCUGCUGGAGGAGUGGUACUGCCGCGACGAGAACGCCGUGCCGCCCGCCUACUACCUCAAGCCCAAGGCCCAGAUGCUGAAGAACUACCAGAACUCAUCGAGCAGCGCGGCCAAGUCCAAGAACGACAAGGCGUGGCGCGGCGUCUCGGACGAGAUCAAGAAGAUCUUCCGCGCGGCCGUGCUGCAGCUGCAGGAGAAGGGCACCAUGAAGAGCGCCCAGGCCAAGAAGUUCCUCUGCUCACCCCUGGAAGACGAGCUGGACUUUGCUCUUGGCAAGCAGACGCCGGCCUUCCUGAAGAAGUGUGUGUGCUACAUCCGCAAGAUCGCCAACUUCGACCGGCACGCCAAGCUGCCCGAGAUGGCCCGCUACAUGGACAUCGUCACCGACGCCGACCGCGUCAUGCGUAACCAGGAGGCGUACGAGCGGCUGCUCAAAGUCCGCGACGAGUUCAUCCCCACGGUGGUGGCGGCGUCCAACCUGCGCGUCUACUCGUCCGUCACACACUGCGACAUGAAGCUGGGCUACUCACAGGAGGUGGAGAGCCACUACGUGGAGGGCCUGUGCAAGCAGUUCUACGAGGACAUGGUGGACAUCAUCCAGGCCACGGUGCAGCAGAACUUCGACGCCGAGACGGACCCCAUGUACGACGAGCUCCUGCAGCACCUGUCGCUCUGCAAGACCUUCUCGUCCAUCUACGAGUACAAGAGCGAGGCACUGGACCUGGUGCAGGAGUACCUCUACCCGGUCAAGGGCAGCCGCAUGAGCCCCCUGGUGGUGUACGGAGGGCCCUGCAGUGGCAAGACGCUGCUGCUCGCCGAGGUGGCCAAGGAGGCAUACACAUGGCUGCAGAAGGAGAUGGGUCCGGAGACGGACCCAGUGGUCAUCGUCCGCUUCAUCGGCACCACCGACUUCUCCACGGACCUCCGCACCCUGCUGCAGAGUAUCUGCGAGCAGAUCGCCAUCAACUACCGCUGCUUGAUCCACUUCCUGCCCCAGAAGAUCCAGGAGAUGCGAGAGCUGCUGGUCAACCUGCUGGGCGAGUCCUCCUUCCACCGGCCGCUGGUCAUCGUCUUGGACGCAUUGGAGCAGCUCUCGGACGCAGACGAGGCUCGGAAGCUGUGGUGGCUGCCCGCACACUUGCCCCGCACUGUCCGCAUCGUGGUGUCCACCUUACCCAACAAGCACGGCAUUCUCCAGAAGCUCCGCAGCCUCAUCCACGACGAGUUCCGGUACGUGGAGUUAAUCCAGCGCGAUCGCAAGGCCUGCAGCCAGACGCUCAAGCAGCAGCUCCUCAGUGUCAAGAGGAAGGUCACCUCGGGCCAGCAAAUCUACGUGAACGAGGCGCUGGCCAAAUGCACGUUGCCCAUGUUCGUCAAUCUCAUCUACCGGGCGGUGGUCAACUGGAGGUCCCACAAGGACGUAGACGACACAUCGCUAAGCGCCACGGUGCACGACAGCAUCGAGCGGCUCUUCUUCUCCGUGGAGGACAAGCUUGGCUCUCGAUUUGUCUUUCGGGCUCUGGGCUACGUCACCAUGUCCAAAGCUGGGCUGACGGAGAUGGAGCUCGAGGAUAUCCUCUCCUUGGACAACAGCGUCCUGGGGGACAUCAUGGUGAGCUCCAACCUCAAGAACCCGCUCCGGGUCUCCUACGACCUCAUUGCCCGGCUGAGGGAGGAACUCGACGGCUACCUGAUCGAGCGGCAGGUGCGCAACGUGACGCUGAUGGUGUGGGCCAACAGGCACCUGCACCUGAUCGCGCAGAAGCUGUACCUCAGCAACGAGGAGGACGUCCACCAGAUGCACAGCCUGUUGGCGGAGUACUUCCUGGGAGCCUGGGCCGGAGGCCGGAAGAAGAUCUUCCACUGCGACAACAAUCACUUCGCCCACUUCUCCCACCACAAGAACCCACAGCAGCAGCAGCAGCAGCAGCAGCAUGCCGACAAGUACUCGUACGACAGGCAGACUCCCGAGCAGCCCUGGGUCUUCCAGUGCAACCUCUUGGAGCCGGACAUCUUCUUUGUCAACCACAGGAAGAUGACAGAACUUGUGUAUCACUUGACUCGUAGCGGGCGCACAGACGACCUCAUGUACGGGGUCAUCAUGAACUUUAGCUGGCUGUACACCAUGAUCAAAAUAGGACAUUUUGAUAAGGCGCUGGCAGACAUUGACCUAGCCUACAGCUACUCGCAGGAAAAAGAGCUGAAGUUUUUGGCCACGACUUUGCGCAGCAUUAAGGUCAAGGUGACGCGAAACCCGGCUUCCUUGUCCGCCGAGCUCCAGCAGAGGUUGCUUCCCGUGGUGACGUCCCUCCCCAAGCUCCGGCACCUCCUGCUGGAGUGUGACAAGGACGGCCCCAAAUACUGCUCCAUCGUUCCCCUGCACUCGUCCAUGGACGUCACCUACAGUCCCGAGAGGCUGCCCCUCUGCUCCAGCUACAUGCAGAUCGUGGAGAUCAUCCCGACCCUGGCGCCCAGCAUCGUCAUCGUGGCCUUGGAGGACGGCUCCGUGAGCACGUGGGACGUCGAGAGCAGGCAGCUCCUCCGACAGAUCGACACGGCGCGCUCCGUCGUGCUCGGCAUACGCCUCACCACCGACGAGAAGUACCUGGUGGUGGCGACCACCAAGAACACCCUGCUGAUCUACGAUAAUCACAAGUCCUGCCUGCUGUCCGAGGUGGAGGUCAAGUGCUCCAAACACCUCGGCGUCACCGGAGGGGUCGCCUUCAUCAAUGGGUUUACAUUAUCCAGCCAGCACGCCCUGGCUUGGUUGGAGGCCAGCAAAGAGGUGAAUGUCAUUGACUUGGUGUACGGCUGGCCUUUGUACCAGUUCCACUGCUGGUACGAGGUCACCUGUGUGCAGUGCUCUCCAGACGGCAUGUACGCUUUCUGUGGGCAAUACCUCAACACCACGUCCAUCUUCCACCUGGGCAGUGGGGACAAGCUGGCCACCAUGACGUCGGAGUUUUCGGGCGGUUUUGUCAAGUCCAUCUUGGUGCUGGACACCCUGAACCAGAUGGUGAUGAUCGACAACGAGGGGAGUUUGUCGGUGUGGAACACAAAGGAAGUCACGAACCCCCGGCUCAUGGAGGACUACGACUGCAGGGGGGACGACAGUGAAGUCGUGGGGAUCGAGCUGUCUGAGGACCAGCGGUCCAUUCUCAUCUGCAAAGCGAGAAGCAUCGAAGUUCUGGACACCAAAGUCUGGAAGAUGGUGGAGAAGUUCAAAGCCAAGCGCACCGAACGAUUUGUGGCCGCUGUCCUCUCCAAAAACGGCCAGAGCAUUGUGGCUUCCAUGGAAAACACGUCAUCUAUUUUUGUGUGGCGGAGGGACAGUGGCCAAUGUAUGGCUAGUCUAAUUGAGAUAUCUGGAGCCAUUGUCAAGUUAAUCAAGUCCACCCAUCAUAACCUGCUGCUGUCUGUAGCCAGCAGUGGCGUGCUGUCAGUUUGGGACAUUGACAUUAUAACAGCCAUGUCUAACAUAGACAAGACAGGGAAGCGCAUAUUGAACCUGCAGCUUUCAGGCCGAGAGGACUUUAUCUACACCAUGGAUGGCUCGGAGUCCAUUCACAAGUGGAACUUCAACACGGGCUUCAUCGAGAUGGUUUUCAAACACGAAGGCCUUGUGGAGAACUGUGUCCUUACCACCUCUGGUGACCUUAUGGUGACUUCUGAUGACAAGUGCAGCCAGUACAUCUGGCAAACCGCCACGGGGGAGAACAUCUUCCGCAUCAACGGGCAGAAGAUAACCCAGCUUCUCAUCACCCACAACGACCAGUUUGUGGUCUCGCUGUGCGAGCAGAAUGCCUCACGCGUCUGGAGGCUGGGCACGGGGCACAAGGUGUGCAACAUCCUGGUCACCCUCCAGCAUGCUCUCAUCACCACCGCCAACACCUUCCUGGUUGGCACUACCAAAAACAAGCUUCUUGCUGUCAGCCUGUGGUCGGGAAGUGUCUCCAAGAAGUUCAUCUGCGACGACGGGAUUACCAUUGUCAACUUCAAGCUCAUCCCUGAUUGUCCGGACUAUGUGGUCUUCAUCACGUCCACCGAGACUGUGUUUAUCUGGAGCGUAGCGGACGAGUCUGUGUGCCGUCGCGUCCAGAUGCCGGCCAACUUCCUGAAGAACCUGGAGGAUUUCCAGAUCUCGCCCAACGGCAAGCUCGGGAUCGUGUCCAAGGGCGACGAGAACAUCAACGUCUUGGACCUCCACAGCGGCAAGCUUCGAUUGGUCCACGCCGCAGGCAUCAUAUGGCGGCAGAAGCUCUCGAGGGACGGCCGGUACCUCGUGUACAUCUGCUUCCGCAACUGCGAGGAAGACGACGACGCGGGCGUGGUGUCCAACCUGAUUGUUAUGCGUCUGGCCGACGGCAAGAGCAUCGGCACGUGCUCCCUCUACAAGACGCCCACCUACCUGUGCCUCUCACAGCGGGCGCUCAACAUCAUCGUGGGCUUCGAAGACGGCAGCAUCGGCACCUACACCGUGGUGGACCGGGUCGACGCCGCCCUCAAGAUCAAAAUCGCCACGUCCAACAGCCGGCAGAUCGUCAACAACGCUGCACAGAAGGUAAGGCCCAAGUGCAGCACCCAUGCCUUCAAGACCAUCUCCGACUGCAUCUGGCGGGAGUCCACGGAGGUCUUCUCCAGGGACAGCCCCAUCAACCUGUCCGACUCAGGCGAGGCCGAGACCACCACGCCAACCAAGAAGAGCGAACUGCUUCAGUGACGGUGCCCUCCUACUGUAUAUCGUGUGUGGACAGUGUCAGUGAGAAAGCUAAGGAGGCAGCUAAGGCGGCAGCUGAUUCUCGUUUACAGCCAAACUUAAUGGCUCAGCUGCACCACAUAGUCCCCUGGGCUAACUGUUACACUGCACUUGUCCGCCACUUUUCAUUCACAAAAGCUAUUA